UCAGUGCACCUAUAAAUAAUACUCCUAAACCUCUAAUCAAGCUUUAAAGUUUAAACCUCUCUCUGAAACCAAUUCAAUUCAAAUUGAUCGCAAUCAGUUAUCAUUUCUCUAACCAAAAAAAAAAAAAAAAAAAUGGAAAACCGACCAACGAUCCUUGUUACGAACGACGAUGGCAUCGACGCGCCGGGACUUCGAGCUCUGGUUCGAGCCCUCGUCUCCACGCAACACUACAAUGUCCAAGUCUGCGCUCCUGAUUCGGAAAAGUCAGCUGUUAGUCAUUGUAUUACUUGGCGCCACCCGCUUACUGUGAAACAAGUACAUAUUGAUGGAGCAACAGCCUUUGCAACUUCUGGAACUCCAGCUGACUGUACUUCUUUGGGAAUUUCCAAAGCACUCUUUCCUUCAAUUGCUGAUCUGGUAGUUAGUGGCAUCAACAUGGGUAGCAACUGUGGUUAUCACAUCAUUUACUCUGGCACAGUAGCAGGUGCUCGAGAGGCCUUUUUCAAUGAUUUGCCUUCUGUCUCUAUAUCAUAUGAAUGGGUUGGAGGUAAGAGUAGUGUAGAUGACUAUACGCUUGCUGCUGAGGCUUGUUUACCAAUCAUAAGUGCAAUUCUGGCUGAGAUCAGGAAUCAGGCUUAUCCUCAAAAAUGUUUUUUGAACAUAGAUCUGCCAACAGAUGUUGCUAAUAAUAAGGGGUACAGGCUGACUAAGCAGGGUAAAAGUAUAUAUAAAAUGGGAUGGAAGCAAGUUACUUCUGACAUGCAAGGAGGAAAAAUGUUAUCAACUAUGACCAUGGAGGCUAACUCAGAAGCAUCAGCAGAAACUGAAACGUCAGCUACAUUGCCAGACAAUCUUUUGUUCAAGAGGGAAGUAAAGGAUCCCUACAUUGAUAAGGAGGUUGAUACAGACUACCAAUAUGUUCAAGAAGGAUAUAUUACUGUCACUCCUCUUGCUGCCCUGUCACGUGCAGACAGCGAUUCCUAUGCCUUCUUUCAAAAUUGGCUACCGAGUGUGGCUGAACAUGCUUCUACAUCAUCCUUGUGAUGCCAUUAAGAAUUUUGAAAGGGCAAGGUAAAAUUAUUGCUCAAAUAACUCCUUUGGAUUCUUCUUCCUGAAGAUUGCCAUUAUUGCCAGGUUUUGCUUGUACUUGCCACAUAUGUCCCUACUGAGAACAUCUGAAAGUUAUUUUGAACCCAGCUUUGUAUGAUUAAGUGGCAAAAGCUCUUCUGUAAGCUAUUAUUUUCCUAGUGAUUAGUUUGAUAGCAACUAUGGUCUUAACUUUGAUUUAUUUAAAUUUCCUAGAGACUUGGAUGACAA